CAUUUUUCGGUGAAAAUCUGAGUAAUUUUCCUGUGUGAAAAUUCGAAAAAAAACAAAAAUGGUCGGAUAGGAUUAAAAAGUUAUAGCGUUCGACUCAGUUUUGAACGCUGAUUCGGACUAUGAUACUUUUAUUGUAUAAGAAAAUGAGUUUUGAUGGAGAAAAUUAAGGAUUAUAGGUAGAAGUCUCAUUUUUUUCUCUCCUGAUUUAGAAAAAAAUGAAUUUUCUCAGGGACAAAGCAAAACGGAAAAGAAAGCUAUUCAUAUUUUUGUUGCUCGCAGUGUGGCGAAUUGAACGAAAUAAAAAUGGAAGCUCAAUAACUUACUCACAAAAACAAGAUAGGUUUCCGAAAUGGCACGUAGCCCUUUUCAGGUUUCAACUUCGAGUCAAAUGUAUUUUGAUCAUGCUACAUUUGAGCGAUUCUGAAUACAGUUUUCUAUAGUCAGUUUCACACGAAGAAUAAGAAAAAAUUAGUUUAGAGGACUAAAAGUAUCGAAAAAAAAUAAAACUUUAGCAUAUUUUUCAACAUAUACCUGUUUUACUUCAAAAUGGAGUAUUUCACCAUUUAGAAUUUUUUUGCACGAAGAAUACUUUUUGAAAAGCUAAAGCUUAUUUUUUUAUAGCCAUUUUCAUGCCCUCUAUCUAACUAUGUACAAAAAAGCGAAAAAAAAAAUUUGCUAUGAUUUUGAACUGCCGGCGCCUUAUGAGCAGAUUAAGGUUUUCAGUUUCGCUGUCAGUUGAGAAUCUCUCACAAAACAAAAGGAAUUUUCAGGAAUAACAAGAAACUUCAAUUUUUUUUCCAAACGUUCUCUGUUAUCUACGUUCUUAAUGCAUGCUUAGACUGUCUAUUGAUCGGGUGUCUUUGAGCAUCCUCCCACUGUUGUCCUUAAUACUGAAUUUUCAGUAAACUUCUAUUCGUCUCAGACAAACUCUAGUGAAGUACUUGAUUUCUUGGUGAGUACUUGGAAAAAUGGGCAAGUAUUUUCGAAAUUACUCAUUUGUAAGUACUUCUCAAUUAUUGCAGUACUUGGUUUUAUAGUAACGAAGUACUUCGUAAAACUACCUAUCAAGUAAGAAGUCUAACUAACUACUUUCAAGUGAGGCAAGCAAUGACAAAUAAAACUUACCAGUAAAAAGAAAGUAAAGAAUUUUCAUGCAAAAAAUAACUUUUUUGUAAAAAGGCUUUGAACUUUCUUCCCAAAGUAUCAUUAACUCUAGUAACAUCUCUAGCUAGUAGAGUUUUGCUUUUUAUUAAAUGCUCUACUAACUCAAAAAUGUUAUUUUCUAGCUGACAAGACAAUUUUAGCAGCAGAUCUUGCUGAAGCGAAAAUAGAAGGAAAACAUCCAGCAAACGAUCCGAUUGAAAAGGCUAAUCGUGAAAAUCAAGCGCAUAGUCCAUCACAAGCACAGUCGACAAUUGCGGAAACACCAACAGUAACACCUGCUGAAGUGAAUGAAAAAGAUAAAGGUGGCAAAUAA